CCAAAAAUUUAUUUCAAAGAAAAGAAAGUUUUUUUCCCCAAUCUCAUUGUUACGCUUGGUUCAUGGGCUAGACCUGUCUAUUCAACUAAAAACUACCGACGAACUAACCGUCUCCGGCAAUUAUCCACGGCGGUUGAGGACGUUAUACUCGUCGGGAUUCUUUGGCUACCAGUACUUGAAAGUUUACAGAGGGAUUUCACCUUCAGCUAUCAGAUAAUCAUCACUUGAAGAUUCUGAAAGAUGGUUGGGACACAACUAGAAAGAGGAGAAGAGAAAGUAUCGUUGGAGCUUACUGAAGAGAUUCUUCAGAGCAUGGAAAUCGGCAUGGUUUAUAGGGAUUAUAAUGGUAGAAUCAGUUCCAUGGAUUUUCACAAGACAUCAAGUUAUCUAGUAACUGCUAGUGAUGAUGAAUCUAUCCGCCUCUACGAUGUUGCCAGUGCAACGUGUUUAAAGACCAUCAAUAGCAAAAAGUAUGGGGUUGAUCUGGUUUGUUUUACUUCUGAUCCUACAACUGUUAUAUACUCCUCAAAAAAUGGAUGGGAUGAAUCCUUGCGACUUCUCUCGUUAAAUGACAACAAGUACUUGCGAUAUUUUAAAGGUCAUCAUGACAGGGUUGUCUCACUGAGCCUAUGCUCUCGUAAGGAAUGCUUUAUUUCUGGCUCCCUUGAUCGAACUGUUCUGCUCUGGGAUCAAAGGGCUGAAAAGUGUCAGGGUCUUUUACGUGUGCAAGGAAGGCCUGCUACAGCAUAUGAUGAUCAAGGGCUUAUAUUUGCAAUUUCCUUUGGUGGCUACAUAAGAAUGUUUGACUCUCGCAAGUAUGAAAAGGGUCCUUUUGACAUCUUUUCUGCUGGGGGAGAUGUAUCUGAUGCAAAUUCUGUAAAGUUUAGCAAUGAUGGGAGACUUAUGCUAUUGACAACUAUGGAUGGGCAUAUUCAUGUACUUGAUUCAUUUCGUGGAACACUUCUAUCCACAUACAAUGUGAAGCCAAUUCCAAUGAAUUCUACAUUAGAGGCAUCAUUCAGCCCUGAGGGAAUGUUUGUAGUGUCAGGUUCAGGUGAUGGUCAUGUCCGUGCUUGGAGUGUAAGGAGUGGAAAAGAAGUUGCAAGUUGGAUGACUUAUGAAACUGAGCCUCAUGUAAUAAAAUGGGCCCCUGGGAGUCUUAUGUUUGCAACUGGGUCGUCUGAACUUUCAUUUUGGAUUCCAGACUUGUCUAAAUUGGCAGCUUAUGUUGGAAGGAAGUAGAAUUCCUCUCUAAUGCCCCAAAAAUUUCAAGCAUCAAGUGGUCAUGAGGUUCCCUGCUAUAUUGAUAUACUUAGUGGUGGACUUCAGAGUUACUGCCAACUAUUCUUGGUAUGAGCCUCUUUUAAAUUAGUUAUUAUCCAUCCAACAGACAGGCAGCUAUUUCCUAUAUAGGAUUUUUCUAUCAACCUAAGGAUUUGUACAUUGAAGUUGUAGAAGAUCCAGUUCUGUGCUGUCCUAUGUAGGGUGAACUUCACAUCAGCAACGCGGUCAUGAGGAAUUAUGUCAAAGUUCAGGUAUUAAAAGAAAAUGGUUUCUCCACUCUUUUUAUCACACAGUUUUACAAGAUUGUCCGUAACAGUUAGGCAGGCCAUUAGUUUUCAAUUGUAUAAUAUCACAUCUACAUUAACUUUGGAUUAGCAUCUGGUGUAUAGGCACACUUAUCCUUAUUGUGAAGGAUUCACUCUGUCAAUGACAGUCCUUAGUUGGAGAAACUGUAGUGUUUAUUUUUGUUCUGAAGCUCACUUGCAUGUUAUUUGUAGCUAUGUUCCAACGCUGUAUUUGUUGGUACAAGUUGCUUCAUAAAUACUGGCUGUAACUCUUUAUCUAUCCAUGGCCACUCUUCCAUUGAGCAGCCUUGUGGUUAUAUCGCAGCUGCCAUGGCCUUCUUCUUCUUUAAUGAUUAUAUUGAAAUUCUCUUGA